UUGCCCACGACCUACCACGCCAACAACACCGCCAACGACCUCUCGCUCCUCCUCUCUUCCCCCCUGUCGCUAUUGGCACGUAGCUGCCGCUACCGAUACUUUCUACAACCACUGCUUCUUCCUCGUCCCCCUGCCCCCUUCUCACCACCCCACCUCUCAAUCCUCAAAGCACCGCUUCAUUCGCACGCACGCACGCACAUACAUACAUACGCACGCUGCUCAUACCUGCUUGUGCUCGGCGCUCGACUUCGCUGUUAGCCAUCACUGCACCCACUCUUCCUCCUCAUUCAUCUCCCCCAGCAGCCACGCCAUCUGCGGCCAAGCAUAUAUCACACACGCGACGCUGUGAUUCGCCUUGAAGUCCCCUUGCCCUGCCUCAUUCAUCCUCCUCCUUUCACGAACUUGACCCAUCAUGGCCGACUUUGUCCGCCUCUCCAUCUUCGGCACCGUCUUUGAGGUGACGACGCGCUACGUGGACCUCCAGCCCGUUGGCAUGGGCGCAUUUGGCCUUGUCUGCUCGGCAAAGGACCAAUUGACGUCGACGUCGGUCGCUGUCAAGAAGAUCAUGAAGCCCUUUAGCACCCCCGUCCUCAGCAAGAGGACGUACCGCGAGCUUAAGCUGCUCAAGCAUAUCAGGCAUGAGAAUAUCAUCAGCCUGUCGGACAUCUUCAUCUCCCCGCUCGAGGACAUCUACUUCGUCACCGAGCUGCUCGGUACCGACCUCCAUCGCCUCCUCACCUCUCGCCCGCUAGAGAAGCAGUUCAUCCAGUACUUCCUCUACCAGAUCCUCCGCGGUCUCAAGUACGUCCACUCGGCCGGCGUCGUCCACCGUGAUCUCAAGCCCUCGAACAUUCUCGUCAAUGAGAACUGCGACUUGAAGAUUUGCGAUUUCGGUCUCGCUCGAAUUCAGGAUCCGCAGAUGACGGGUUACGUGUCGACGAGGUAUUACCGUGCGCCAGAGAUCAUGUUGACAUGGCAGAAGUACGAUGUAGCAGUCGACGUCUGGUCUACUGGCUGCAUCUUUGCAGAGAUGCUCGAAGGCAAGCCCCUCUUCCCUGGCAAGGAUCAUGUCAACCAAUUCUCCAUCAUCACCGAGCUCCUCGGCACACCUCCAGACGAUGUCAUCAAGACGAUCUGCUCCGAGAACACCCUACGCUUCGUCCAAUCGCUUCCCAAGCGGGAGCGUGUCCCCUUCUCUCAAAAGUUCAAGAACCAGGACCCACUGGCUCUGGACCUGCUCGAGAAGAUGUUGGUCUUUGACCCGCGUACCAGAAUCACGGCCGCCGAAGCGCUCGCGCACCCGUAUCUGGCGCCUUACCAUGACCCGACGGAUGAGCCAGAGGCGGAGGAGGCCUUCGACUGGUCAUUCAAUGAUGCGGAUCUGCCCGUUGACACCUGGAAGGUCAUGAUGUACUCUGAGAUCUUGGACUUCCACAACAUUGAGAAUGGCAACGGGGAGCAGCAGCAGAGCGAGGGCCCUGUGCCGCCAGUGGCUCCCAAAUAGGCGGCAGAGAGGCGACACGGAAGAUAGACGGGCGAUGAGGAGACUCGUGGGAACGGCUCGCCGAUGAGGGAGAGCCUUGUGGGCACGUAGAGUCUUUGGACAGAGGAAAGAACAGAGGCAAAGGUGUAGAGGAGUCUAUGAGGGGCGCGAAGCUGAGGUCACCAGGCCGGUCAAUCAUAUACGAUCGUUUCAGCAUUGAGCAGCGGGAGCGACAGGUCAAUCUUAACUGCUGAGUAGUGGCAGCGUCGAUGAAAGAUCAUCAGCUCAGUCUGAGGAGCAUUGGCCUCCAUCGGCGCGCAAUUGGCGCCUCUCGACCUCAUCGAGCAGGUCGACGUCCAUUCAGAGCCCUUUCUCAUCAUCUAUCAUGCCAUCAUCCUCACUUGUUCGUCGCGCUCAGAUCUCCUCUGCAAGUCACCGUUGUUUCUCUCCUCUCCUCU